AUUCUUGAAGUGGCUGACCUUUCCACGUCAAGUAAAGCUCAUUACCGAUGGGAGAAUGAGCCCAAUAUUAAGGAAAAUGAUAGUCACAGGUGUUUGUGGCCUCGUAAGCCUUGUACUGCGGCAGAAUUUGUAUCUUGAGCACCUCCGUGCUGACGAUUUAUAUAUCAAGCAGCGUGGUAAUGGUGAACCUACACUGAAAGUCUUGCUAUCCGGUGUCAGAAAAAAUUCGGGUACACCGAGAGUUGAAUCUAGCUGGCAACACGUCAAGGACCUCCUUGUGCACUGUUACAAUGUUUUGGGAUUAAAUCCAAGUGAGGGUACAAAGUCCUUGCAUAAGUUUAUCGGUAGUCAGACAGAGAGUGCGACUCUUGAAGGUUACCCUGAUUUCUGGAAUGAUGAUGAAAAGGAUAUGUACCUAAGGUUAAUAAUUCAAGCAGACAUAAGCAAGACUGAAACUUCACUUCAAAACUGAGGUGUCACUUGGCCGAGGGACACAUACGGAUCUGUUGUGUCGAUGUUGCAAGAUAUAAUUAACCAUGACACUAAAUCAACAUAUGACACUAGCAAACCAUUGGAAUAUAUCAGACUCUGCCGGAAUGUGGGGAAGAAGUUUAAUGUGCCACAAAAUGUACAGCGAGAGAUCAGUGACCGUGUUGGUUUCUUAAGAAAGAUGGAAGAGUGGCAUCCAACAAUCUGGACAUCCUUGUAUCAAGCUGUUGGUUGUCUUUGAGUGGCAAGUGGGCGUAUUGCUGAAAAAUCGUAUCUGAUGCCUAUUACUUAUUCGGUACUUCUGCUUGGAAGAACCGUUCCGAACUCCUGGAGAGGAAACAAAAGAUCAGGCAUCAUUUGUUAUGGACUGUAAUGAGAAGUGUUUACCUUUUUACCCCCACAACUACCCUUGUUCUUAAUUAGACCGGGCUGAGACGAAUUUCAGUGCAUGAACCAUAACUUCUUGGUGCACCAAA